UCAAAACAGCAGGCAAGAGCCGGCUUUGAAAAAAUAAAGUUUAUUAUUGAUAAGCGUAAUGAAUAAUGAUAAGUUUUAACUCAUAAUGGAUUCAAUCCAAUAGGCAAUCAAAAACGAUUACGUAAUCUCUAAAGUUCAAGACGUAUCAUUACAGGAUUUAUAUCAGUAUAAUUAAAUCUUUGAUAUAGGUCUAACCUAAAAGCAGUUUAUCAAUAAAAAAAUGUUCAAAGGUCUAGUUGGUUUAGUAACUGGAGGCGCCUCAGGUCUGGGCCGAGCUACAGUGGAGCAAUUGCUGAAACAGGGUGGCCGAGUAGUAAUAUGCGACCUGCCUUCGAGUCCGGGACAGGAAACAGCUAAACAACUAAAAGAAAAUGUUGCAUUUGUACCAAUAGACGUAACUUCUGAGAAAGAUGUGAAGAAUGCUCUGCAAACCACUGUUGACAAGUUUGGCCGAUUAGAUGUAGUUGUAAAUUGUGCUGGUGUCGCUACUGCAACAAGAGUUUACAACUUCAAAAAGGAACAACCUUUUGAUUUGAAGAGCUUCCAAAGAACUAUUGAGGUAAACCUAAUAGGAACAUUCAAUGUUAUCCGAUUGGCGGCAGGACUUAUUGGGAAGAAUGCUCCGGACGCCGAUGGUCAACGAGGAGUCAUCAUAAAUACUGCCAGUGUUGCUGCAUUUGAUGGACAGAUUGGUCAAGCUGCUUAUUCAGCAUCAAAGGCUGGUGUAGUGGGUAUGACAUUACCCAUUGCAAGAGACCUCGCCAAGCAGGGCAUCCGAGUAGUCACCAUUGCACCUGGUCUGUUCCGUACUCCGAUGAUGGAGAUGUUACCUGAACCGGCGAUCAAGAGUCUGGAGGCGACGGUCCCGUUCCCGCCGCGGCUCGGCCACCCCUCCGAGUUCGCUCUCCUCGUACAGAGUAUUAUACAGAACCCUAUGCUCAACGGUGAGACCAUACGUCUCGACGGCUCGCUCAGGAUGCAGCCCUAGGUACUGUGCCCCACAGACUAUGUUGUAAAACUGUAUUUAGUUCUCAAAGACACACUUCUUUGAUUUUGGGUAUUUGUAGUUGUAGUAAGUCUUGUACAUUCUAUUUUACGAGUACAUAUUAUAUGUUAUAAAAAUAAAUUUUAUCUACAUA